UCUGCUCCAGAUCCAUUGCUGCCAGGUCUCCUGGAGAGGACACCACCAGAAGAGGUGGACAGAAUGAAUGAGGAGCAGCGUAGAGGGAGCCGACACCAUCAUAUCCUCACUCUCUAUCCGGCUCCCGAUGAGGAUGAAGCUGUGGAGAGAUCCACCAUUCCUGAGGUACCCAAGGAGCACUUUGGUCAGAGGAUCCUGGUCAAAUGCAUAUCACUCAAGUUUGAAAUAGAAAUUGAGCCAAUAUUUUGUGUGAUGGCCCUUUAUGAUGCCAAAGAAAAGAAAAAAAUAUCUGAAGCAUUCCAUUUCGACCUGAAUUCUGACACAGUGAAAAACAUGCUGCGGGCACAAGGUGGACACCCAGCACCCUCCACCCUGGCAAGAUCAGCCAUCUUCUCCAUCACAUACCCAUCUCCUGACAUAUAUCUCGUCAUCAAGCUGGAGAAGGUCCUACAGCAGGGAGACAUCGGGGAUAGCUGUGAGCCAUACAUGGUCUUAAAAGAAAGUGACGGCAUCAAGAACAAGGAAAAAGUGGACAAACUGAGGGCCCAAGCUGAUCAGUUUUGCUCCCGGCUGGGCCGGUAUCGCAUGCCCUUUGCUUGGACUGCCAUUCACCUAAUGAAUAUUGUGAACAGCAUGGGGACAGCUGAUCGGGACUCGGACUCUGAGGGUGAACGAAAGGGCACAUGGAACGAGAGGAAGAGGAAAGCCUUCGAGCGGCUCAGUGUCGGGGACGAAGUUUGC